UGAUACUCAAGUCUAUCAUCUUGUAAUCAUGAUAGUCUGAUUGGGUCGAGAAUAUUUUUCUUUUUUGUGUCGACACUACAAAUAUCUGAAAAAUAUAUACCAAAAACAUAUUAUUUUUAUUCCCCACUCAAUCAGUCUGUCAUUAUUACAGGAUGAUAGAUUUGGGUGGCUGCCAUUAGAGUCUGGGCACUACCCGACGCUGUUCAUUUUAGCUUCAGUUCGAUAGCUUGAAUCGUUCUCAGCAAAAGCGCUCUCAGAAAAAACCCUAAUUUCACAAGCCAUGUCGAGGAGGAAGGUUAGGGAGCCCAAGGAGGAGACUACUACCCUUGGACCUGCUGUACGAGACGGCGAGCAUGUUUUCGGGGUGGCUCACAUUUUUGCUUCCUUUAACGACACAUUUAUUCAUGUAACUGAUUUGUCUGGAAGGGAAACAAUGGUUCGCAUAACGGGUGGUAUGAAGGUGAAAGCCGAUAGAGAUGAAUCGUCCCCUUACGCAGCGAUGCUUGCAGCACAAGACGUUUCUCAACGCUGCAAGGAAUUGGGUAUUACUGCCCUUCAUAUAAAGCUCCGAGCUACCGGAGGGAACAAGACAAAAACACCUGGUCCUGGUGCCCAGUCCGCACUUAGAGCUCUUGCUCGAUCCGGCAUGAAAAUCGGUCGCAUCGAGGACGUUACCCCCAUUCCCACUGACAGUACCCGAAGAAAGGGUGGCAGACGUGGAAGGCGGCUGUGAAUCUGCCGUUGUUGCCGCCGGGGCUGGCUGUUUCAACGCUCGGAGGUUUUCUUAUUUAUUUGUUGAACACUUUAAAGUAGUUCCUUGAUAGAUUUUGAUCUUAAUUGACACAUACAAAAGUUCUGGAACUCUUUAAUCCAUAUUUGAAAUUAAGCUUAUAUAGUUUGGUUAUGGCUUUAGUUAGUGACACAUACAA